AUGAGAAAUACUUUACAAUCGGUUUGGCAGACGCAGAAACCGUUCAACAUCCGGUCUCUGGGGCACAACAAAUUCCAGUUCAUUUUUAACUCAGAAGGGGAUAAGCAAAGAGUUUUCACUGGGAAAACAUGGUCCUUCGAUGGUCAGUAUCUGCUACUAAGGGAAUGGAGCCCAACAUGUGAGGAACACAAAGAGGAGGAUGAUAUUAUCCAGCUGUGGGUACAGAUUUGGGACUUACCAAUUCACUGGGUCUCUGCCGAAAUUGGGUUAAAAGUGGGGAAACUCUUCCACAAUGUCAUUGACGUUGUGGUCCCUGACAUGGGAGUCUAUGGUGGACGGCUGAUCAAAAUCCUGGUGGAGUUAAACCUCAAGGACCCCAUUCUGCGUGGAACACACAUCAGGCUUGGAGGAGAGGCACGAUGGGUACAUUUUAAAUAUGAGAAUCUCCUCAACUUUUGUUAUUACUGUGGCCGAAUUGGCCAUGCCGACCGUAACUGUGCACUCAAAAAAGAGGAUGUUAAAAAGAAUAGCUUAAACACUGGACAGUUUGGUGAAUGGUUAAGAGCCUCAGUCUUUGGGUAUAUGGGGGGUAGAAGUCCUAAUAAAAGUGGGAAAAAUGAGUGGGAAAACAGCACUGAGGGCCAGAUGAGACUUAGUUCUCGACCUGCCCCCUCAACUGAGGAUAGAGAGCACACUCCUGAUCAUAGCAAGAGAGUAGGGAUGGAGUCCUCAGAGUCUGAUGUUAGGAGUAGGUCCUUAGAAAAUGUUGAUAAAUUUGUAGAACAUCAAAAAAAUGGGAGUCCUGGCUCUGAGGAUGGUUCUGUAGGUGUCUCCCCUCAUAAAAUGGGCUCUAGUUCUGGGAUGGGAAAUGAGAAUAUGGUGUCUGGGGUAAUGGACUGUAGGGUAGCCAUUAGUGCUAUCAGUGCAAUCUCCAUUGCUCCUACUUGA